CAAAGCAGCUCAUUAAAAAAAAAUAGAGAAUUAACUGGAGGAAAGAAGUGAGCCGGGCAGUCUCCAGGCUGGGGGUCUCAUACCUCCCCAAGCGAAGAAAGCUACAGCUGUAUUUCGGAAAGCAGCCAUGUAUAGAAGAGGUGAAAAUGACAAUACGCAGAGUUGGAAGGAAAAAUUCGUUCAGCUGAUGAAGAAACACAAACCGCAAGACAAGUGGAUUUUGAAUGUGUCCGAUGACCUCGAUCUCUCCCCAAAUGGAUGGUACCAGUAUGGGCAGAAUCAUCUUUUCGCCAGGUUUGAGUGUUCAUAUUGUCACAGGCACUGGAAAUCAGCUCAGUCAGUCAUUCUCUUCCACAUACGCCUCGAGAAGAAAUGGGGUCACAACCAAGGCCAGGUGAAGAUGCGGAAGCUGAGACAGAAAUGUCGUAGCUGUAUGAAUGCCGAAUAUGAGAAACCCGUCUUCAGUGAUCAGGCCGUUGAAACAAUUCUCUACAAUUUGGCUCUGAAGAUCCUUGUGAAGCACUAUGGAGAACCCAAGAAAAGCCCUCGUCAUUGUGAAGUGGAGGAAUUGGUGGAAGGGCCACAUGAUAAAAGCAACUGUGAGGCCUGUAAACAUGGGAUGUGCAUUGCAGCACACCCUUCCAUGCCAACUGUGAGACCCACUUCUCUGGGUCUUAUCAGAGAGGAAUGUUUUGUGAGACCGUCUCUUAUUUCGUCUAUUGAGUGGGAAGAACAGUUCAUGAGACCUGCUUCUCCCACACUAGCUAUGCAGCAGGAGAGAAACUACACGAGGCCUGUCUCUUUCAGUCAGUCUACAGGAGAGGAGGAAUGUCUGAAACUUUUUUUCUUUGCAGUACUUGUGAUUGCUUUGCUUUUUUUUGCAUUCUCCUUCCAACAGAAGUAGGGAGAAGUUUGGCAUGCUAAUUUGUUUGUUCUUCUUCUAAUGUAAGCCACCCCAACAUGUCCUGUGACCCAACCUUUCCCUCAUGCGUAAUCAUACGUUGGCUCUGGACCUUCAUUUGUGAAAUUCUAAGUAGGGUUGACAGCCUCCAGGUAGUGGCUGGAGAUCUCCCGGAAUUACAACUGGUCUCCAGGCCACAGAGAUCAGUUCACCUGGAGAAAAUGGCUACUUUUGGGGUGGACUCUAUGGAAUUAUGCCAUGCCAAGGUCCUUUCUCUCCCCAAACCCCGCUUUCUCCAGGUUUCAUCCCCCAGAUCUCCAGGAAUUUCCUAACUUGAAGUUGGCAACCCUAGUUCCAGGGAAAGAAGCGAUGAUAGUUUUUAGGACCACCUAUCCAUCAGAUAAUCUAACCGUUCUUGUGGGCCACAAGAGUGGGGCAUGUAACCAGCUAAUCUGCCCUAGAGGGAAAUCCCUUCCUGACCCCAUUCAAAUUAUGAAUGAAAGGAAAACCCACCUGCUGUGUCAUCUCUGAAGGCAUUCAUGGUAGAUGCAGCUUUUUAGAUUCUGCAGCUGUACAAAACUACCAUUUUAAUAUCCCAAAGCCCAGAAUCUCUAAACCAAUUAGACACAGUUCGUUAAAUUACGUUUCUUUUAAUUUUGACAAUAAUGCAAGGAUUUAUUAUUGCACACAGCUAGACAGUCAUGGGGGGUGUAUGUUGCAUUUUUUGCUAUUGUAAUAUUGACAUUGCUGUGAUUAAUUUUGUUAAGUUUUCCUGGUAGUUCAGGAAAGGUUUUGCAUUUAUGAAAAAGAGCCCAGGAAAACGGCUGACUGGUGUCCUUGAAUUCUCACAUCGCUGAAACCCUGACCCAGACAAACAUUCCCUGUUGAUUUUUUUUAGCAGCAUCAGAUUCCUGCCAUUUUAGUUGCAGCCAUAAGGACUGACCAGUCACAUAUUUUGAAAGGUAUGUUUCCUAGAUUAUGUAAAUAGGACAAAUUCCAUUUUAGAUGCAAUAUUCUACACCUCUUCUCUUUCUGAAGCCUUUGGUUUCAAUGUUUAAGGAAACAUUUUAGAAGAAAUCAUUGAGAGCAUCUCUCCUUCUAUAGCUGUAGGUAGGUAGUCAUGUCGGGCUGUGAUAGAACAGCAGGAUUUGAGUCCAGCAGCAUCUUAGAGCCAAGCUACAAGUGAUGAAUGACACUUGCCUGGCAAGUGAACAGACUCAUGUGUAUUCCUGCCUGUUCACUUGCACUCCACUUGCACUAAGUGGAGUGCAAGUGAAUGUCAAGUGAACAGGCAGGAAUACACGUGAGUCUGUUCACUUGCCAGGCAAGUGUCAUUCCUCACUUGUAGCUUGGCUCUAAGAGUUGGGAGCUCUGACUCUCAAAAGCUUGCACCUUGAAAAUCUUGUUGGUCUUUAAGAUGUCACCAGAUUGCUUCUAUAGAUUUUCUAUGAACUUACACAUAUAACAAGAUAAUAUACUUUUGGUCUGCUUUGAAUAUUUCCAACUUUGGAAGGUGACUAGAGUGGCAAAACAUUUCCUAUAGAUGCCCCUCUCUUCAAACAUUAAACAUGGCAUCUAAUUAGUUAUUUUUUUAAAGCUAGGCAAAAAUUAUUUCAUUCUCCAAAACUUUUCUUGGCAUUUAACUGAUUUGCUGGGUUUUAGUGCUAUAAUGCUGGUGCAGUUAUGAAGAUAUUUUCAUUGCGUGAUCUUUUCUUAUGUUUUCGUUGUUUUAAAUUUCUGUUUGCAAACAGCCUUGAACACCAUAUGCAGCAAGGCUGGAUAUGAAUUCCUUGAAGAAAUAAAAUUUUAAAAAAACAUUGCAAAGAGAGAAAUAGUGGAUGAAGAUGGAUGUAUUUUGUAUUGUUUAACUUGCAAUAUUUUCUGUGUGCUUUUCUUUUUCCUGAAUAAAACUUUUUCUUGACAAGAA